GGCAUUUGUAACCUUGUGUUUUGUAAUAUUACAUUUUUAUCAUGAAAUCGCGUGAUAACGUACCAAAUUUCGGUUCUGUUGCUUAUAGUUUAGUUAUUAUAAUACUUUAGUUCCAUAUUUACGAUGCAGUUCAGUUUACUAUCCUCGCAUUUAACUGGCAAAUUUUUUAUGCCUGCAUGGCGUAUGUUUUCACCAAAAUCAGGAACGUCUCCAGCUCCAAUCUUUACAUUAUCUGUACCAGUAUUUGCUUCGAAGUCGUAUUCAUCUACCAUCGUUCAGAAAAUGGAUAAUUACAAACGUAGGCGUUUUAAUAACAGUGCCAUUCCUGGUAUAUGGGAUACACCCGCCGAUAACGCUGCUGGUCUGCUGAAUGAGUUACAGCAGGAAUUGCAACGAGAGGCCAUCUUGAAGCACGAAACUCAGCGACAAUCGAUGAUGCGUCGAGAACAGCCUUUCAACUCGGGUAUUCGGAAAGUAAACUGCGGUGAGCUGCGCGAACGCAACGAUGGUGAAAUGGUCGAAAUCAGCGGCAAAGUCAUCGAGAAUCGAAUGGGGAAGUUUUUAGACGUGCGAGAUGUUUACGGCUCGGUACAGUUGGUUUCGAAUACAUCCUCUGCUUUGCACAAGCGCAUAUCGUCCAUCGCAAAGGAUUCGUUCAUUACUAUCGUGGGAAGGGUGCAAGAGCGCGAGAACAGAUGGAAGAAUGCGAGUAUUUCUACAGGAGGUAUCGACGUUAUGAUCGAGGAAAUCAUCCACGUCGAGGGUGAUCCGACUGUCGGAAGGAAUGCGAAUUUUCAUAAACGCAAUUAUUCGACAGUGGCUGCGCCGGCGCCAACUAUUACUCGGGGCCUAACAAAUGUGGAAAUUGAAAAAGCUGCAUCGGACAGCAUUUUGAAGUACUUCAAGAAUCGAAAGCAUACUUGCAGUGAGUUUCGAUUGAAAGAUGUCGGAAAGAAAGUUCAACUGGUGGGGUGGAUUGAUAACAAAAAGAAACACGAUCGUUUCUUCGUUUUACGAGAUGGGCAUGGUAUGGUUCAACUGAUGGUAGAGAAUGUUACUCCCAAGGUAAGAAACAAUAUUCAAUCGGCAAAGGACGAUAGUAUUGUCCUCGUGACCGGAAAGAUUCUUGCUCGACCGUCAUAUUGUAUAAAUAUGAACAUUGAUACUGGAACCGUUGAGGUUGUGGUAGAAGAUUUGGAGAUUUUAAAUCCGGAUGACCCAUACAAGGGCCCGGAAGCAGAAGCGGUAUCAGAGACUUCCACUGAGGAGUUCUGUACUAAUCGGUACACAAAUCGAACGCAUAACUGCGGUGAGCUGCGUGUUGCCAAUGUCGGUGAAGAUGUGGUUCUCUGUGGGUGGCUGGAAUUCUCCAGAAUGAACAAAUUUCUAACUCUGCGCGAUGGUUACGGAGCAACGCAAGUUGUCAUUCCGGAUGAAUUGUUCAAUACCGUCAAUCUGAAUGAUAUCUCCUACGAGAGCAUUUUGCGCGUCGAAGGCAAAGUUAAGGAGCGUCCCGCGGGACAGGAUAAUCCGGGACAAUCAACUGGUCAGAUUGAGAUUGUUUUGAAAAAGCUGGAUGUGCUCAACGAGGCUAGAAAGCGACUGCCAAUGGAUCUUAAAGAUUUCAACAAGGCGAGGGAGAACCAUCGAUUAGAGCAUCGGUACAUCGACCUUAGAAGUACUCAGCUGCAGCGCAAUUUGCGUUUGCGAUCACAGGUUAUUAUGAAGAUGAGGGAGUUUAUGAUUAACAAGUGCGGAUUUGUUGAAGUGGAAACUCCCACGCUGUUUCGUAGAACGCCAGGGGGUGCCCAAGAAUUCGUAGUUCCAACGCGCAAACCGGGACACUUCUACUCGCUGGUUCAGAGUCCGCAGCAAUUCAAGCAGAUGCUCAUGUCGGGUGCUAUUGAUCGUUAUUUUCAAAUCGCGCGCUGCUAUCGAGAUGAAGCCACCCGACCAGAUAGACAACCGGAGUUUACCCAGCUCGAUAUUGAGUUAUCCUUUAGCGAUCGGGAUAAGAUAAUGUCGCUGCUGGAGGGUGUUCUAGCUAGUUCUUGGCCAAUUGAUGAUGAUCCUCUCAAUGUUCCUUUCCAGCGUAUAACGUUCAACGAGGCGAUGAAGCGUUAUGGCUCUGAUAAACCGGACACUAGAUUCGGAUACGAAUUGCAGGAUGUCACCUCCAAAAUGGUUUCUAGCGAGAAGGUCUUGAUGGGACUCGACAAGCUUGAAUACGGAGCAUAUGCGAUUGUUGCCAAAGACCCACAUAGUGGGACACCGACCGCCUUCAAGAAGGCUAUUGAUGCACUUACUAAGGAGUACCCAAAGUGUAAGCUUGUCUUCAGUCAUAUAACUCCGGACUGGUUGGAUACCUCAAUUGUCAAGUUACUCAGCCACGAUGUUGCAAAAGCUUUGUGGAAUAAUUUAGUACUGAAGCCGGGUGAUCUCUUACUGUUGGGCUAUGGGAAGACUCCAGAUGUGCAAGUAAUGAUGGGUAAGUUGCGUCUUGCCUUCUACGAAAAUCUAGAAACACGUAGCCUCGUCGACAGGCGCUCAUCAACAGUACAGAAUUUCUUGUGGGUGUACGAUUUUCCAAUGUUUGACACGAACGAGGAAACCGGGGCUUUGGAAAGCGUGCAUCACCCCUUCACUGCCCCACAUCCUGAUGAUCUGGAAAAUUUGAAGGCAAAACAAAAUCUAAACCAGAUUCGCUCGCAGUCAUUCGAUUUGGUUUGGAACGGUGUUGAAGUUGGCGGUGGAUCGGUCCGAAUCCACAACGCUGAGUUGCAGAAGAUGGUCCUGGACGAAGUACUGAAGGUUGAUCAUUCCCAUCUUAAGCAUCUGCUGGAUGCGCUGGAUUGCGGCUGCCCUCCGCACGGUGGCUUCGCUGUCGGACUGGAUCGGUACAUUGCUCUGCUCUGCAAUGCAUAUUCCAUACGGGAGGUAAUCGCAUUCCCGAAAAGCUUGGACGGUAAGGAUCCGCUCUCGAAGGCACCCGUACCGAUCAGUGACGAGGAGAAACGUUUGUACCAUUUGUCACCAAACGAGCAGGCAAUGGAGAACUAAACUAUUUGACUUUUUGAUUCAUAUUCACUCUGAUGUUUGAUGUGUUUUGUGAAAGAAUUGCAGUGAUCGUAAAAUGUUUGUCAGUGAAAUAAAUAUUGUGUACAUGUACACAUACCUCA